CCAGACGGCGCCAGCUGAUCUCCGCUCGAUUGACCCCGAGAUUGAAAGCAUGUCGUGACGAAACCUACCCACGUUGCAUCAUUCAGAUACUACUCGUCAUCCCCUGGCCCCUCCCCACCCGCAACCCCUCCAUAUAAAGACAUCUCUCCUUGCCAAAUCCCCAACCCAAUGGAUGCAGAGGAGAUCCUUCGCGGGAUCAAGCCCCUCGUGGGCCAAGUGACCGCGAUUCGAACUGUCCAGGAAACGCGCCCUCGCGAGGACUAUGCCGACGCCUACGUCACGGAAGUCAAUGUGAAAUGCGCCUCCAAGGUGAUCAAAGUCCUGGACUCGUCCUUCCCCCGCGACUCAUCCCAGUCAUUGAGCCACCUCCGCCGUUUCGCCAAACACAAUCAAGUCCCCGAGCACCUCCGUCCAAUCCUCCUCCGCGAGGGCUCCUCCCCAGCGCAAACCAUCUUCGUCCUGAUCUCUCCUCCUCUCCCUGACAUCGAAUCCCUCCAAAAUGUCCUCUCACCAUUCGCGCCCCCGGACAUUCCCACAGGCACCAAACUCACCUUCCACACCGUCCGCAUCCCCCUCCAACCGCCCCUCACCACAGCCCAAGCCGACGCAUGGUCGAACACCAUGUGGCCGGUCGUCUUCAACCCAUCCGCACCCCGAGCCAUGAUCGCCCCACCACCGCAAAUCCUGAGCCGGGCCCGCGACUCCAUCCAGCCCAAGGCCGGCCGGUAUCUCGCGCUAGCACAGAGAGUCGCCAAGGAGGCAGAACAAUCAGGACUAGGUCGGCGCGUGGGCGCUGUCGUCGUGGAUCCGGAUCUCGAACACCAGCUCGAAAACGAAGAAAUAGACAUCCACUGGUCCGACGCGGUAGUCGCAGUCGCAGGCGACGGGAGAUAUUCUCGCACCGCGGUGUCCGAACCCGGCCCCAACCCCGCCAGCCAGACCUACAAUCCCGACCACGAAGGCGGACCCGAACUCCACGCCCUGAUGCGCGUCGUGGAACUGAUCGCCAGCAAGCGUCGCGAAGACCGACCCGGCUCAUCAUCCACCGGCCGGCCCUGCCUAAACCAUCUCGAGACCUACUUCCUUUCCCAAUCCGACGUAACCCGCCCCGACGACGACUCCAAGGACCCCUCCCCCGUCCCAGAAAAGUACCAGAAAACCGAAACCUCCUUCCACGCCAUCCACAAACACCCCGAGCCAACCGAGAACGACACCCCCACCACCGCUCGCAUCCGCCCCCGCUCCCAGGGCGGCUACCUCUGCACCGAUCUAGACGUGUAUUUAACCCACGAACCCUGCAUCUGCUGCUGCAUGGGCCUCCUCCUCUCACGCUUCCGCGCCGUGAUCUACCCGCGCAGCGCACGCAUGGUCUCUGGCGGAUUAGCCUCUGAACCAGUCCUCAAGCCAGUGCCCGUGGACGAGGACACCAGCGCCCCCGAGACCCAGGAUCCAACCCCAGACGAUACCCAACCUAAACGGGAAUACUACGGUCUCCACUGGCGCAAGGAACUGAACUGGCGUGCUCUUGGAUUCGAGUUCGUCGAAGAUACCGUCACUGAGACUGAUAAAGAGCCAGAGGGAAUUACAAAGGCUGUCGAGUUUCAUGCAUAGUUGCUACUAGAUACAUACAUACAUAAAAGCAUCUACAUCACAAAUCAAACAAGAACUGGC